AGCGGGUGAUAAGUGAGAGGGCCCUGACAGGAAAUCCUCUCAGCUUCUGCAAUGUGACCUGCCCAAGACUCGAGAGCUCCUUCAGUCUGGGAGUUGAUGGCAGGACAAAGAGGCGCCUGGACCAUGGACGAGGGCGUGGUAGAGAAGAGUUUGGAAGGGCCCCUGGCACCCGCCACGGAGGAGCCCCCCCAGAAGAGGGGAGACAUGGUGGAAAUCUUAAAUGAGGAGAAGGUGAAAUUCGAUGAUGCGGAACUCUCCUUGAUUCUUCAGAAUGGCCUGGAGACCCUCCGAGUGGAAAAUGCGCUGACAGAUGUCACUCUGUGUGUGGACAUCCAGGAAUUCUCCUGCCACCGCGUGGUGCUUGCCGCGGCCAGCAACUAUUUCAGGGCCAUGUUCUGCAAUGACCUAAAGGAAAAGUAUGAGAAGAGGAUCGUUAUUAAAGGGGUGGACGCCGAGACCAUGCACACUCUGCUGGACUACACGUACACCAGCAAGGCGCUCAUCACCAAGCAGAACGUGCAGCGUGUCCUGGAAGCUGCCAACCUCUUUCAGUUCCUGCGGAUGGUGGACGCAUGUGCCAGCUUCCUCACGGAAGCCUUGAACCCGGAAAACUGCGUGGGCAUCCUCAGGCUGGCGGACACGCACUCCCUGGACUCCCUCAAGAAGCAGGUUCAGAGCUACAUCAUUCAGAACUUUGUGCAGAUCCUGAACUCUGAGGAGUUCCUCGAGCUGCCCGUGGACACCCUCUACCACAUCCUGAAGAGUGAUGACCUGUAUGUGACGGAGGAGGCUCAGGUGUUCGAGACAGUGAUGAGCUGGGUGAGGCACAGACAGUCGGAACGGCUCUGCCUGCUCCCCUGCGUCCUGGAGAACGUGCGCCUGCCGCUGCUGGACCAGUGGUACUUUGUGGACACGGUGGAGGCUGAUCCUCUCAUCAGGCAGUGCCCCGAGGUCUUCUCGCUGCUCCAGGAAGCCAGGCUGUACCACCUUUCUGGCAAUGAGAUCAUUUCAGAGCGCACCAAGCCCAGGAUGCACGAGUUCCAGUCCGAGGUGUUCAUGAUCAUCGGCGGCUGCACUAAGGACGAACGAUUUGUGGCAGAGGUAACCUGCCUGGACCCCCUGCGGCGCAGCCGCCUGGAGGUGGCCAAGCUCCCCCUGACCGAGCAUGAGCUGGACAGUGAGAAUAAGAAGUGGGUGGAGUUUGCAUGCGUGACAUUAAAAAAUGAGGUCUACAUCUCAGGUGGCAAAGAAACCCAGCACGAUGUGUGGAAAUACAAUUCUUCGAUUAACAAGUGGAUUCAGAUCGAAUAUCUGAACAUAGGCCGCUGGAGGCACAAGAUGGUGGUGCUGGGGGGCAAGGUCUACGUCAUCGGGGGGUUUGACGGCAUGCAGAGGAUCAACAACGUGGAGACCUACGACCCCUUCCACAACUGCUGGUCGGAGGUUGCUCCCCUCCUCGUCCAUGUCAGUUCGUUCGCGGCCACCAGUCACAAGAAGAAGCUCUACGUGAUAGGGGGUGGGCCCAACGGGAAGCUGGCCACAGACAAGACGCAGUGCUACGAUCCUCUGACAAAUAAGUGGACUUUGAAGUCGCCCAUGCCAGUGGAGGCAAAAUGCAUCAAUGCAGUGAGCUUCCGGGACCGCAUCUAUGUUGUUGGCGGGGCCAUGAGGGCGCUGUACGCCUACAGCCCCCUCGAGGACAGCUGGAGCCUCGUGACCCAGCUCAGCCACGAGCGUGCCAGCUGCGGCAUCGCGCCCUGCAACAACCGCCUGUACAUCACUGGCGGGCGGGACGAGAAGAAUGAGGUCAUUGCCACGGUGCUGUGCUGGGACCCCGAGAGCCAGAAGCUGACGGAGGAGUGUGUCCUCCCCCGGGGUGUGUCGCAUCACGGCAGUGUCACCAUCAGGAAGUCGUACACACACAUCCGGAGGAUCGUGCCAGGAGCAGUGUCUGUGUGACAGCCAAGGCACCCGGAGGGGAACCCCACGCACUGUAUCUUGUGUUGUGUCCUGUUGUGUCGGAGCUGCCUGCCCUGAGGUCACAGCUCUGGGACCCUUGAGAGCAGCCAGGAGUGUGUGCUCACCUACCUCACGAGGGAGAGCAUGGAGAUGAGUAUGGAUGACAUCCAGGACGCACCUGCUCAUGCCAGGUCCCAUGCUUGGCAUGUUCUUACAUCCCUUUAUUCAACCCCAGUGACCAUCUGGUCCUGACACAGUCACUCCUGACUGCAGAUGGGAAGUAGAGUAUGGGGAGGCUACGUGACUCUCCAGCAGGUGCCAAGCCAGAGGUCCCCAUCCGGGUCUUCCCCUUACGGUCAGCAUCCUGCCUUCCAUACUGCCCAGCUCGGAGCUGGAAAACCAAAACCCAAGCCCAAAGCCAGCUCAGGUCUUACUCUUUAAGACUGCAAGGCAUGACGGUGUUUCUUCUUCCCUCCUUUCUUUUACCCCUGUUUGUAAACUGUAUGCAAUCCAUAGUGUCAGCCUUCAGGCUCCCCACCUAGGACACCUCAUAGAGUCGUCCUUGGCAGGUCCACACGGACAGUUCUGGAAGAGAUGAAAGAUUCUUGUUCUGCUCUCUGCCUUUUCUGAUCACAGAAUGGCCUGCUUUGAACUGGAUCAGUCCUUACCAGACAAAAAAUCACCUUCACCACAGCCUGGGGCCCUGGUCUCCUUAGGUCCAGCUGUUGUUCUGUGUUAUAGAAUCAAGAUUUCCAGAGGCCUCAGCUGCUGUUUUCUGAAGAAUGCAGACAUCUGCACAGUGCCGGCCACUGCAGGAAUACAGAUUCUUCUUGACAGUAUUUUUUCUGUCUUUUAGACAAUGACUUGGGUCUGUGUUUCUGGCACAGACCAGAACCUCCUAGAACCUUUGUUUUCAGGAUCUUUUGAAGCUCUUCUCCUUGGGUUUUGGAUCAGUGUGGCUUGAUUUUGAUCCAAAGGACAGAGUCUGCCCUUCACCCUUGAAGAGAAGGGCUUUCUCGUGAGCUCACUGGAAACGCAUUCUAACCCCUGGUGGGGAAACUGGGUAAGAGAUCUUGUUUCGUGUGCUGUAGUUGAAAACAUAGCAAUGGCAUUAUUGAAGGUACUUUAUUUUUGUCAUAUGAUUUCAGUUCUCUUUUUAGAGCUCUAUUCAUGCCACAAGGGCGUGUAUUUUGCAUGUACUUCUCAACAGUUCGGCAAGCCAUGAGGGAUGUUAGGGGUGAUCUCAGACUUAGUUUUCAUUGAAAAAAUUAGGAUCAGAAGGACCUGAUGUUUGAAACAGAUUUUUUAAAAACUUGGAAAAUGACGGUUUAUGUCUGGAUAAAUACAAAUGUGUGUUAAUGUGUCAUAGUCUUAACAUCGGUGGAACAGGUCAGUUCCCUGCUGUGGAAAUGAAGCUGUGACAAUAAAAAUGCAUUUGUAAACAUUCAGAACACCUUGUGCCUUGCACACAAGCAGUGAGAACUAAUAAGCUCUGAAAUGCCCUCACUGAAACAAUUUAAUUCAGUUUAAUCUGGCAAUUUCAUCUCAUUCGAUUCCUGUAUGUCAAACUGUGGGGAUAGAGACAAACACCAAAUUCUCAUGUAGGGACACUCAGUAAAUGGGUAUGGAGGCCACCAGUCAGUGUUCUAGUUUUUUUCUUCAGCAUACACAUAGUUGCAGUGAGAUGCAUAGGAAUUUAGGCUCUGUCCAAGCCCCGAGUGCCUGGGGGCGGGGGCGGGCAGUCUCCUCUGAAAGCAGUGUUCCUAGGUCAGUCAGGCGCAGACGCUUCCACCUGUGUCUCUUUGGGAUCCUUUUUGGGAGCUAUUGUGAGUCACAGGAAAAAUCAGUCUUAGUCCAAAGGCUAUUUCAGGAAAGAGCUUCCAAAGAAGAAAGCCAGGGAUGACAUUACCGGCCUAGAUGAAGAACCUUCACUCAGAAAGAGAGCCUUUCCUCUCUGGAAGGGGAUGGGUGUCUCUUGGUAAGAACAGCAAAUUCUGAUCUCCAUGGAAUACCAGGAAGAUGAGGAUUUAGGAUCUCUGGGUUGUAAACCUGGUUCUAAAUGCACUUCUCAGGUUUCAGGAUUAGCUCAGAAUACCUAAGUACAGAGGAAGGGCUCUGAAGUUUAUGCCACCAGAUAAGCAGGUGAAUUGUGUUAAAACCACAGGUGCCCACACCCAAUAAAUGGGAGCCUCAUGACCUGGAAGAGGGCAGAUAGUCCUAUACAGAAGAUACAGAGUUCUGUAUUCAAAGCUGCCAGUCUGUAGCUUUCAGGAAAGGGGGAAAAAAGUUACUGAAGUCAUUUUGAGGCAAGUUUGUUAGGUAUUGUCAUCAGGGGUCAAUCUUCUAGGCCUUAGGGUGAGAGCUCUUAGAAGUCUAAUUUCCGUUCCCAAAUCAUCAUCAUGAUGGUUUUCCCAAACUGCACCUGUUCUAAUUCACCCCACAGGUGUGGGGAGAGCCCUGGUGGGACUAACCCAGCGAUAAGGAUCCCUAGGCGCCCUGACAGCAGGCUGUGUGCUGGGCAGGCCCGUGAGUGGACAGAACACCCUUGGCCAACGAGGAGAGGAAGAGGUCAGAGGAGGACAUGGCGAUCACUUCUGGGAUGAGGGCCUGAAAAUUGUUAUCACGGGACCUGGAGUUUGUGAGCAGGACUCUUGUCCCAUACAGGAGAAUAGGAAAGAAGGAACCUUUUCCUUAAGGUGCAGGCACCAGUUAGAGCAGCACCAGCAGGUGGGCCAGUUUUCCUUGGGGCCUCUGAGCGGCCCAGCUGGGUCUCCUCUCCUCAUGGACCCAGAGACAACAAGGCUGAGUCUCUGAUGGGGCCAAGGACUCCAGUUACCAAGGCUGGUAUCAAAUGGGCAGUUAGGCUCACCAAAAUACCAACAGAUACAUGUUCUCUUCCUAGCUUUCAUGCACUCUGGUCUCAGUGCCUUCAGGACACACACACACACACACACACACACACACACACACACACACACACACACACACACACACACUCAGUGUCCUGGAGCUCAAAGCAAACCACGCUCUAAGGGAAUACAAUUUUCAUUGUGAAAGUAGAGCUUUGCUAUUUAUAAAUGUCCUGAGUUGUUAUUGUUUAAUUAUCCUGGUUGAUUUUUAAAAGUGAAAAUACUCCACGGAAUCUUUACGAUAAGUAGAUGCUACUGUAUUUUUUUUUAUACAAAGCCCUAAGUUUUUCCACGUAGUAUUAGAUAUCAUAAUUUGAAGAUGGUGAAGGAAAGACCUUCACGGGAAUCUACAUAUGUCUCUAAGCAUCUUGAUUACAUGAGUUUAUAUGUUUUUAAGUGCUCAAAGAAAGGAUAUCAUUUAUAAGUUUAAAAAGCUUUUAUUUAUUCAAUAAAAUAUCUGAAAUGGA